GCCCAGGCCCAGGCGCGGGCACGGGCGCGCGCGCGCGCUCGCGCCGGCUGGGGCUGGGGCUCCGUGUCGUGCCUGCCCUCCGCCUCGCACACCGUGCACUCCAGGGAGCCCGUGAGCCCUGCUGCUGUAACGCUGAGCCGGCCGGCCCACGACUUCCCGCUCGAGCUGCACUUCGACACCCCGGAGUUCUGGCCACCCCCUGUGAGCAGUGGGGCGGCGGACGGGACGCACCCCUCCGCGCCGCCCGCCCCGUCGUGCGCCGCCUGGGGGCUCCCGUGCCCCCGCCCACGCCUCCCCCGUUCUACGGCUCCGCCGCAGCCGUCGCCGCCGCCUACUCGCCGGCCCACACCAUGGAGACGCGCAUGUGACGCGCGCCCGGACUCAGCGCCGCCGAAGGCGCCGAUGGCCGCUUGCACGUAUUCCUUGUGGACACUGCAGCUUAGCAUCACUGGUGACAACGAUGAGCCACUGAACCUUAUACAUUUCGUGCACAUAUCCGUGUGUGAUUGCUCAAUUUAUGAACUGAUCUGAGGAUGUGUUGCAAAUCCAUUCCCCAUAUAUCCAAGGACUUAUUAGGGGCAUUGUCUGUGGUAAAGUAGAUAUAAUAUAUCGUAUUUGUAUAAUGUAAACUGUAUUAUGAGUAUGUUGUAUGUAUAAGAAUGAGAAUUUGAGAAAUGUAUAAACGACAUGGAAUUACGUAUAAGAGAUCUUGUCCGAUUGAGAAUAAAGUGGUUCUUAUUAACUAUUAUGAAUUCAUUUAUAUUACAAUUUUUUGUUGCUGUUAUUAAUGAACUCAUUUCCAGCAAAAGACUCUAGCCAAAAACAAAUAACCUAUUUUUAUGACAUUUGGUGAAAUGAAAAUAGCAUGAUGUGAAAAAUACUAGUACAAUUAGCCAGUAAAUAUAUGUAAAUUUUAAUGUGUUAUAUAACCACUUAAGUGCUCUUAGCUACAUCUGUUAUUUCGUAGUUGUUAUAAUGCUUGUAUUUUUAAUGUAUGUCUAUUUAAUUUCUUGAAUAAACUACUUUAGGUAGAUAAUAACGAAUGAUAAAUUACUUCAAUAUAAUUAAAUACUACUUAAAUGUAACAUUUUAAUUUUGCAAACUAUUGCAUCUUUGGUUACUAACUUAACUUUGUACCUCUUAAUGUGUGCAAGUUUGUUUGUAAAUAAAAUGGUUUAUCUAUAAAAUGUUACAUUAAUAUUAUUCUCUUUCUGAAAAGUCAAUCAAAAUCAUUUUUAAUUUAAUGGUAAUUU